AUGCGCACCACGCAACGUCUGCUACACCCAAGAACAUUCUCGCGAUUUCAUGAUAAUGAACGUACUCAAGAACUACUAAAAGAACCCGCCACAACAUUUUUCCACUCAUCGCGCUACUUCCUCAACCCACAAAAGAACCACACUCGCUUCCCGAGACUAGGCCAAGACAUAAAGUGUUUUUUUCCUCUGCAUGAGCAGAAACUGAAUUCUUUUUCCACAACAAGUUUAGCAGAUUUAGCAAGAAACAACAAGAACCGUUCGCUUUACCAGCAAAUAAUCAUGAAGCGCGCCGCGUCCUCCUCUUCCGCCGCUGGCGCCAAGCGCCAGAAGCAGGGCCCAACCGGGAGUGUCAAGCAGUCCUGCGCGGGGGUUACCCGCGGCUUCGCAGAUGCUCUCAGAACGGGGAGUGAAAAGUACCCGGAGCACGGUGCCGACCCCCCAACGAAAGCAACGGUUUCUUCAACGAAGAAGCCUCUCCCGACCAGGAAUGCGACGACAAAAGAACUCACGUUUGUUGAUUUCCCGGAAUUCAAGCCGAAUCUGACGCCGGGGGAAGUCGUCUUAAUGGGUUCCUUCGGCGGCACGUAUUUUCGCGACAUCCACUCUGCCGUCACGAUAUGCAUUGCAAACGUAUCGUACUCGUAUAAAUGCAUUACAAAUUUCCUCAGCAUGAGAAAUAAAAUUUGUAAUGCGGAUUUACCUUAAAGAAAAAUAUUUGUAAUGCAAGACUUGCAUUUAUACGAGUGCGAUACUUUUGCACAGGAUACACGAAGCAGGCGCACAAGGGAAAACAAGUCGCGGCGGAGUUUCCGCUGGAAAGUUGGGGCUGGAAAAGCGGAAAGGCGAUUUCCUUGCCAUCCGGUGUUAUGCAUUGCAAAUAUGUCUGGGUCUGGAAACUUGUAAUGCUAAAAGUGAAUGAGAGUUCCACUGCAAUAUGAAGGCAAGCAUGACAAAUUUUUGGGCUCCCGUGUGUUGCGUGUUCCGCAUAGCAAAUUGCGUUUUUGCUGGACAGGUAAGAGGACCACUUCGUGCCCAUGCAUCACAGAUUCUUGAGUCAUGUCAGACAUGCAACCAAAGGAGAGCAGGAUACAAGGGCGGAGCCGGGCGAGGACCGGGAUGCGAUGGGAGUGCGCGGAUCUUAUCAAAAAGGUACGGCCUAAGGCCUCGGGAACGCCGAAUAUAACCGCGCUCUUCUUCGUGAAACGCCCACCGCUUUUUGCGCGAUGGAUAAGAAAAAAAAUCAAAAGAAAAUCAAGAAAAAUCAAAAGAAAAAAAAUCAAAAAGAAAAAAAUCAAAAGAAAUCAAAGAAAUAAAAAGAAAAAGAAAGAAAGAAAAACUGCAAAUCCAUGCGCAGAGAGUUCAGAAAAAAAAAAAAAAAAAAAAGACAUGCAUGACAAAUGUAGCAAUCUUCCAGACCCAGACAUAUUUGCGUUUGAUAGGUGUAAACGUCUCGCCCGGGGUGAGUGUGAAACAAACGAAAUUUGACGCGGAGUUGAUGCUGCACUCGGAUACCUACAGGACGACUGUUAACAAGUAACUACUUGAUGUUCUUGAUUUGGUGGUUACGAUUUUUUGUCAUGCGGUUUUUGAAACAUAUGUCGUUCCUGUGAUGCGCGCAAAUCAAUGCACACGACGGGCGGGAAAAAAAAAUCAAUCACAGGUUCGGCGUCAAGUGCGGUGGCUCUCUCUACAUGUGGGAAGGGCACGGGUGGAUUAACGAGAUCGACCCCUAUGGCUGGUUUCACUGGUAUUGCCGGUUUUACCAGGGGAGGAGAAGUACCGACGACGCGAGGCAGGUCCAACGGUGGUUGAACUCCGCGGGGCCGAAGGGACGCUUCAAAAAUCAGUUGAUGAAUAAGUGCCAAGCGGAGGGUAUGAAUUGCAAAAAUGUCUGGGUCUGGAAGAUUGCAACUUGUCAUGGUAAAUCUGAAGCAUGCAAAAAUCUGUGUUGCGUGAGUACCAGAAGCUGUCCACUUUUGAUCAAGUUGAGAGGCAGUUUCUAA